AUGGACGGAAGAUCUCGUGAUCAACAAGAAUCAUUGGAAUUACAUGAGAUUGCGACUCAUGAAGACAAUGACACCGAUCCUUCACCUUCUUCUAUAUCGACAGACGAAUAUCGCGUCGAGGCGCGUCGGACACCGACCAUCACCAGGGCAGAAAGGGAUAGCAAUGGGAACCAGAACCAGAAACCUGGGCGUUGGCGACGUACAAAGAAGUUUUGGACACACAAUGUUGCUUUAGGCGUGCCCCAAAAGAGCAACCGGGAUCAUUUUGGUGAGUUUGCUUUCCGGGAAACAUCGGCGUUAACCCAGGGGGACUGGAUACUAAGUAACUCCUUAAAGCCCUGGAGAGGACUUUCCUUGGCUACGUUCGAACCUCUGUCAUGCUCUCAAUGCAAGGGGCUACUAUCGCACAACUCUUUCGUCUUCAACGCCGAUCGGCUCACUCGUCAUCCCGACUCGGUUUCUACAGCAUCGGUGUCCCCCUCGCUUGCGUGUAUUACGCGGUCGCCAUGUUGGUCACACUUCUCGGAGCUUGCCGCUUCUGGAGACAGCAGAAUGCUAUAG